AUGGCUACGACAUUACCCCCCGAUCCAUACCAGCUACUUGGAGUCUCGACGGAUGCCAAACUAUCAGAGAUCCGGAGCGCACAUCGAAAACUCGUCCUCAAGUGCCAUCCAGACAAAGUGCAGGACGCCGCUCUGAAGGCCAUCAAGCAGGAUGAGUUCCAGAAGGUGCAGCAGGCCUAUGAGCUGCUCAGCGACGACAAUCGCCGGAUGCAAUACGAUGACCAGGUCAAGUUGUUUGAGCUGAGGAAAGAGAUGAGCAGGGGCAACCCGACGCCGAGGAGUAAUCCCUUCGAGUAUCAAGUUCGGACUGCGGAGCCUCGUCCCAGCUCGUAUGAACGAUCAGCCCCCACCUCCAAUGUCUACACCUACCCCGCCGUUGUACCGAGAUCGCACGAGCAUUUGUACGAAGAGCCUCUCCGACAUGCACCCAGGAAGUCAUCGAGCUAUGAUAAUUCAGAUCGGAAGCGACGAGAGGAGGAGCGGAGAGAUGACGACGAGAGGCUGAGACAGCGGGAGAAGGAGAGCAAGCGAUCGGCACACAGCAAGAAGGAGAAGUCGAGAGACAAGGAGAGGAGGAGGGGUGCAGAGGAGAAG